AUGGCUACCCCUCGACCUACCAAAGUGCUCAGCGUCGGCCUCCCUCGCACGGGCUCCUAUUCCAUGAUGCUCGCCCUGACCGAAUUGGGCUACAAGGACGUCUACCACGGCCUCGACGCCAUCGACAGCCCCGACGACUGGCGAUUCUUUGGCCGUGCCUCGGACGCCCUGUUCCCAUCAUUGGCUUCCUACACCGGCAAAGGCAUGACCGCCGCCGACUGGGACCACGUCUUUGGACCCUGCGAGGGCAUCACCGAUAUCGCGGCUCCCUUUUCAAAAUCACUCAUCGAGGCAUACCCAGAAGCCAAAGUCGUUCUCGUCAUCCGGGACUACGAGAAAUGGCGCGUGUCGAUGAAGGGGGUGCUGUCUGGAAUCUUUGGCACCCUGACCUGUUUCAUCCGGGACUACAUCGAGCCGUUGGUGGGCGCCGACAGCACGGGGAAUAUCCAGAAGAUGAUGCUGGGCUGGGUGGGAGCCAGCGACGUUGCCGAAUUGGAGUCGAAGCUCGGCGAGGUCUACGAGAGCCACCACAAGUACAUUUUGUCGACGGUUCCAAAGGACAGGCUGCUUGUGUACCAGCUCGGCGAGGGCUGGGGCCCCUUGUGCGAGUUUCUCGGCAUGCCUGUGCCGGACGUGCCGUUCCCACACGGGAACGAGGCGGCGGCGCUCAAGAGGAAGAUCUUUGACAAGCAGAAGCGAGUGAUUCUGGAAGCAGGGGCGCGUUUCGCACCGUGGCUUGUCGGCGCUGUGGCUGUUGCAGGAGGGCUGUGGUAUACUCUGUCAAUGUAG